AUGGAUGCCAAGAUUCAUCUGGAGGUAGCGAAUCUUGGAGAAACUAUUAAGGAGGAUAACAGUGCAUCCUCUCAAGAUCGGGCGAAGGCCAUGAUCUUUAUCUGUCGCCACCUUGAUGAGGGACUGAAGAGCGAGUACCUUAUGGUUGAAGAUCCACUAACCCUCUGGAAGGCACUGAAAAAUAGAUACAAUCACCAAAAAACGUUGAAGCUCUAUGGAGAAACCAUUACUAAGGAAGACAUGCUGGAAAAGACUUUCAGCACUUUCCAUGCCUCCAAGGUGCUCAUGCAGCAGCAGUAUAUAGAGCGAGGCUUUACUCAGUACAACCAGUUAAUAUUUGUGAUCCUUGUAGCUGAGCAAAACAAUGAGCUUCCAAUGAAGAAUCAUCAGUCCCGGCCUACUGGAUCAGCACCAUUCCCAGAAGUGAAUGCUACUUCCCUCAAAGGGAAUACCACAUCUUCUCAUGGCAAUAAUUACAAACGAGGACAUGGCCACAAGCGAGGCCGAAAGGGCAAAAACCAUGGUGUCCAGUUUCACAACUAG